AAUUUGACAUCCCCUUUCUCACAUAAUUCAGAUAUUGAAUUUUGAUCUUUUAAAGUAUUAUAAUAAUAAAUAUAUUUUUGCAUUAAAAAAAUAGAAUAUUAACCUAAAAUGUAUAUUUUGUUUUUAUUUAUUUUAAAUAAACAUACUUUAAUGUAACAGCCAACAUUUGUUCAGGUUGGAUGCAAUUCCUCAUAUUUGUAUCUUGUCUUUGUAGCUGUGUCUGCACACGUUGCAGCAACUCAUCAAAAGAAGAAACGCUCAUACGAAAAUAAUUUAAAAACUUAGUUUCGUCUUCUUUCAGUUGUUGAAAAAGCACAAAGAAUGCUCCUUCCAGGUAUCUGCUUUCUAGCAAAGGGUGAACCCAAAUUUGCCUAUUACGUUGUUUUUUUCGCCGAUGUUUUGAUAAAGCGAACAAAAUCGUUUUGCGUCUACUGUCCAUCAUAAUCAGCGGCAAACUGAAGUACCUAGCAAAAAGUGGUCCGGAUUUUCGCACACACCCGUCCACCCGUGUGAAGAGAGCUCCAGGGUGCUGCCCGGCCGGGCGAUCAUACGGACGGAUAAAUAUCCUGACCAUGUGAAAGAGCGCUUAGGCCGUUUGUUAACGAACGUUUUUUUACCGGAUAACGGGCCGGUGCUAAACGGAUACCCUUGUCGAAGAUUCAUUUAUUUCACGGAGAUGAUUCCGUUGUCUAUAUUAAAACUCCAAAAUCUCGCCAGUUUUAAAACAAGUGUGCAGCGUGCAGCAGUGCAGCAAACAUGUUGUCGACAAAGACGAAGCUUAUAUUAGCAUACUAUUUGUACAAAAAAAGGCAGAUGAAAGAAAAGCGCAAAAGGAAAAUGUGGGUACAUCCUAUUUUAUUGGAACGAGAAACUUAUGGUGUUUUCCAUACACUUUUUGAAGAAUUACAGAAAGACGAAACUAAAUUUUUUAAUUUCUUUCGCAUGACUCAAGAGACUUUUCGCAAAUUAUUAGGAAUGGUACAUAAUAAAUUAAAACGUGCUGACACUAAUAUGCGCCUACCCAUUUCACCUGCUGAAAGAUUAGCUGUAACCAUUAGAUACUUGGCAUCAGGAAAUACAUUCACGGAUCUUCAAUACACAUUUAGAAUGGGAAUUAAAACUAUAAGUUAUAUUGUUCGAGAAGUAUGUAAAGCAAUAUGGUCCGAAUUGCAGAUAUAUAUGAAAAUUCCGUCAGAAGGGGAGUGGUUAUUGAUAGCAAACAAUUUUGAGAGUGCAUCGAAUUUUCCUUUGUGCUUAGGAGCGGUAGGCGGGAAACACAUACGAGUUAUAAAGCCAGAAGAAAGUGGUUCAAUGUUUCUAAACUAUAAACAUUAUUUUUCAAUUGUGUUGAUGGCUGUGGUAGACUCAAAUUAUAAUUUUAUUUUCAUUGAUGUUGGUGCCUAUGGCAAAGAAUGCGAUUCGGCUGUAUUUAAGGAAACAGAGUUUUGGAAAAGUUUAGUGAACAAUAGAUUAAAUAUACCACCAUAUACCAACAAAUUGGGAACUCAGUGUGAACUACCCUAUGUAUUUGUUGCGAACGAGGCAUUCGCAUUACAUGAACAUUUACUUCGCCCGUGUGGUGGGCAUCAACUCGAUGAUGUAAAAAGAACACUUAACUAUCGCCUGACAAGAGCAAGGCGGAACGUUGAAUGUGUGUUUGGGAUACUGGCGAAUAAAUGGCGAAUUUUCCAUCGACCAUCAAAUGUAUCAACGGAUUUAGCAGUCGACAUAGUAAAAACUUGUUGUUUGUUGCAAAAUUUUAUCCACAAAGAAGAAGGAAUUAUUAAUAAUAUGGCAAGUGAUUUAUUUGCUACUGACUCUGAUUCCGCCCUGCUCGAUAUACCUAGUUCAAAUUCGGUAAGAGGUUCUUUAACAGCCAAUAAUAUCCGCAAUAAAUUUGCGGACUAUUUUAUGACACCAGAGGGGAGAUUGCAGUGGCAGAAUCAAUAUGCUUAAGAAAUGUUGUAUGUAUUUCUAUUCUAAUUCUUAAAUAAAUAAUGAAAACUUACCA